AUGAUGCAGCACCUUCUAAAGAUAUUGAUAAUAUUAUUGAUAUAUCAAUAUCACACCUUUGCCUUUGGGGCAAAUGUUAAUAGUUUAAAAAAAGAUGAGUUUUGUCCUGGGUUCGAUAAAGACUCCACGACACCUUUCUUAACUCAAAAUACAAAAAUAAUGAAUGAAUGUAUCUCCAGAGAAUUAGAAAAUCAAUUCGAUUUCUGUGGUUCAUGUGUUGUAAUGGAAGAAAAUAAUCCCAAAAAGAUUAACAAUUGUUAUUGUGUUCAAUGUGCAAUGAGUGCCUUAACUACAAAAUGUUUGAACGAUCAAGAUAUUAAUCAAGAACAUUUAGUUAAAUUGAAUUCUUUGGUUAAUUCAUUUCCAAAUAUUUCACCUUCCCAAGUAUUAGAAAAAGAAGAUGAAGAUUUAAAGACUAAAAGUAUUCAUUUACAACAAGAAAUAACUCAAUUACAAUGCAGAGCAUUAUCCAAAAAGGAAAAGGCCCAUCUUAUUGAUUCAUUGUUAUAUACUCUUCAAAAAAGUCAUAAAAAUAUAAAAUCAGGUUUCAAUAGAGGGAAGAAAUUUAUUCCUCAUUGGGGUAGAAAGGCUAAAGAUAACAAGAAAAAUUCAAUUACUGUUACUAAAAGACCUACUAAUGCUUUCACAAAAUAUUGGCCGGUAGAAAGAACAUUAACAUUUAAUUAUUCCACUUCUACUCGUACCACUCCUAAUUUUGAAAGUAGUUCUCAUUUGACUGAAGUACAUGGACCUAAGACAACCACGAAUUUUGACCAAUCCUCAUUAUCAACAACGAGUUUCCAGGGUGAAACCGACUCGAUCAUAGACACUGAUAUGAGUGUAUUGGAUAAUAACCCUGAGGUGCAUAAAUUGUUUAAAAAAACUAGAACUGAGACAGAGACUGAAACUGAGACUGAAACUGAGACAGAGACAGAAACAGAGACAGAGACAGAAACUGAAAAAGAGUUUAUGACAGCAACUGUAACCAAAAGGAAAACAAUAUUUUUGCUAAAAACAAAGACUUCAACAGAGACCACAAAUUUGACUGCAACAGCUACCUCUAUCACAACAGCGACACAAACUUCAACACAAAUUUCAACACGAAUUUCAACUGAGACUGAAACUGAAACUGAGACUGAGACUGAGACUGAUACAAUCACCAAAAAGAAGAUCAUUUCUCCAGGAGAUGUAGAUAUCGAAACUGAGACCGAAACUGAAACUGAAACUGCUACUACUACCGAUACUGACACUAAAACUCUCACCAAGACUGAGACAGUACAUCAUAUUCAAACAAUUAUAGCAUAUAUCACUGCAACUGAAUAUGAUACAAAAACGAAAGAAAAGACAAAGACGAAAUAUAAAUACAUAUUUGAUACUGUAACCGAAUCAUUCUAUACAGGUGCUACUAAAAUAAAGUAUAAACAUGAUUUUGUUACGACAACCGAAACAGAAAUCGAUGAAAAGACUAGAGUGGUCAAGGUUGCGAAAACAACUGUUACAGACUACGAUACAGAUUAUUUGACAGAAACUGAGACAAAAUUUAAAACCACAACUAAAAUCCAAACUUCUGUAUCUACAACAACUGAAAAAAUAUUUAAAUUUAAAAAGAAAUUUAAAACAAUCACCUUAACGGAUCUUGUAACUAGUACCACAACGAAAACUACUACCAGUACUAAGACCAAAAAGAUAUGGGUCCCAAGAGUUAGUACUGUCACAUUACUUUCCACUACAACAUUUACUACAACAGCUACUGUUACAGUCACAACUACUCCACCGGCUGCAGUUUUUGGAAAUCCUAUGUUUGCUGGAUCACAACCACAUAAUGGUUUCAAGUUUAAAAUAUUCAACUCAACUGAUGAUGGGGAGAGCUAUAAAAAGGGAAUAAGAAAGGAUGUACCCGACGGUACGCAAGAAGCACAGGAAGAUUCAAAGAUUUCUAACAGCAAUCACAAAAGAGAUAAGGUAAGUUAUGCCACAGAAGCUUCAGAUCACGAUGUUUCCUCAAUUAAAUCAACAAAUGUUAGCAAUGACACCAAUAUAUUGAUUCCAGCUACUUCUUUUGCGCCCCUAGCAUACGGUGAUAAACAUAUUCCAAAAGCAAUCAUAUUCUCUAUUCUCACAGUGGGAACUAUAAUGCUAUUUUCAAAGGUGCAGUUCUUUGGAGAUAACACCAAUGUUUCAAAAGGUAGUUUCAAAAUCAAAAGAGAGAGGAAGGAUUCUUAUCAAAAUGGAGGGAGCAAACUGAAGGGCAUUAACGCAUCAUCUGAAAACAUUGGUAUAUUACAGGAAUUGGUGCAGAAUUUAACAGUCGAUUAA